AUGUAUUCAUCAUAUCUCACCUGCAUUGCCGUCAUCGCAACCAUAUGUCUCAAUGGCGUGCUUGCUGCCCCCAGAGCCGAGCCUCCGACACGCAUAAUUCAUCGCCAGGAUGAUACUGAAAGCUCAGCCACUGAUCUCGCUUCUACAGCGACCGCAACAAGUGGCAGUAGCGCAGGUGGCGUCUCCAGUUACAAGAAAACCUCUGGCAAGACUUACAGCGGCAACCCUUGGCAGGGAAAGAAUUUUGACCUCGCAUCCUUGUGUAAAACCAGUUCCGCUUCGGUUGACAACACGCUCCUUGGGAGUAAGAAGUUAAAGACCGAUUCAACGACCACGGGCGAUGAUACUACCAAUAAUGACGACACCCAAGAGCUCGGGACCUCAUCGACUGCCACGUCCAGUACUACUGCGGCCACGGCAACUUCUACUGACGAGACGCUCGCGCAACGACGUCGCUCGGUUUCAGAUGCUCAUUUGUUAGAAGCUAGGUCUCUGCAAAAUCGUGCAGAUCGGGCCCAGGCCAAUGAGAUUUUGAGAAAUAGAGACCUCCAACCCCGUCACAUGAAUUGGCUGAUGAACAACCCGGACAUGCUCGCGAUGAUCUGUUCACACAUGCAGGGCAAGACCAAGACAACCGACACAACCGACACAACCGACACAACUGACAUGACAGGGGAGCAAGCAACGACUGCUACUACAAGCGUGCCAACCUCCACAAGCUCGGCAUCUGUUCAGAAGCGUAAUGCUCUGAUCUGA